AUGGCGGGCCUGACGCCGCCACGGGCCGGCGCCGCCGCCAUCUUCCCGCGGCCGCGCUGUGCCCCGCGCUCAGGGCGCCCCCUGCCGGCGCCGCGCGCCGCGCCACGGCGGCUCCGGGACGGGCUGGGCCGGGCACCCAGAGCCCGGGCACCCAGAGCCCCGGGCACCCAGAGCCUGGGCACCCAGAGCCUGGGCAUCCAGAGCCCGGGCACCCAGAGCCCCGGCACCCAGAGCCCGGGCACCCAGAGCCCGGGCACCCAGAGCCCCGGCACCCAGAGCCCCGGCACCCAGAGCCCGGGCACCCAGAGCCCGGGCACCCAGAGCCCCGGCACCCAGAGCCCGGGCACCCAGAGCCCGGGCACCCAGAGCCCCGGCACCCAGACCCUGGGCACCCAGAGCCCGGGCACCCAGAGCCCCGGCACCCAGACCCUGGGCACCCAGAGCCCGGGCACUCAGACCCUGGGCACCCAGACCCUGGGCACUCAGAGCCCCGGCACCCAGAGCCCGGGCACCCAGAGCCCCGGCACCCAGACCCUGGGCACUCAGAGCCCGGGCACUCAGAGCCCCGGCACCCAGAGCCCCGGCGGCUCUCAGAGCCCCGGCACCCAGAGCCCCGGCACUCAGAGCCCGGGCACUCAGAGCCCCGGCACCCAGAGCCCCGGCACCCAGAGCCCCGGCACCCAGAGCCCCGGCACUCAGAGCCUGGGCACUCAGAGCCCCGGCACCCAGAGCCCCGGCACUCAGAGCCCGGGCACUCAGAGCCCGGGCACUCAGAGCCCGGGCACCCAGAGCCUGGGCACUCAGAGCCCCGGCACCCAGAGCCCCGGCACCCAGAGCCUGGGCACUCAGAGCCCGGGCACCCAGAGCCUGGGCACUCAGACCCCGGGCACCCAGAGCCCGGGCACUCAGAGCCCCGGCACCCAGAGCCCCGGCACCCAGAGCCUGGGCACUCAGACCCCGGGCACCCAGAGCCCGGGCACCCAGAGCCCCGGGCACCCAGAGCCUGGGCACUCAGACCCUGGGCACCCAGAGCUCCGGCACUCAGAGCCCGGGCACUCAGACCCCGGUCACCCAGAGCCCGGGCACCCAGACCCUGGGCACCCAGAGCCCCGGGAACCCAGAGCCCCGGGCACCCAGAGCCCCGGGCACCCAGAGCCCCGGGCACUCACACCCUGGGCACUUAGACCCCGGGCAUCCAGAGCCCUGGGCACCCAGAGCCCGGGCACCCAAACCCUGGGCACCCAGACCCCGGGCACCCAGAGCCUGGGCACUCAAACCCUGGGCACCCAGAGCCCCGGCACUCAGAGCCCCAGGCACCCAGAGCCCCGGGCACUCACACCCUGGGCACUCAGACCCCGGGCACCCAGAGCCCUGAGAUGGCAAGGAAGGACCUUGGACCGAGGGGAGAUGGGCGGCAGGGCGAAGGGCUGA